AUGGCGCCGAUUCUGAAUUUCCACCCCGGCAACUUGCCCAGCUUUUCGCUUCGUCAGCACGACAAUGAGACGAUUGAUUCGUUGAAGGAGCGCGCAGCGGCCAAACUCAACGUGCAGGAUGCUUCGGAGCUGAGCCUCAAGUACCUGUAUGAGAAGGAGCAGUACAAGAUGGAUGAUGCUGAUGACUAUGAUAUCUUUGUCGACCGUUUCAGCAGCGCCCCCGAGGCGGACCUGUUUGUCUCUGCGCCGAGCCUGGCGGCGCAGCCUGCGCCGCCGAUGAACUACUCGGCCCUGGGCCCUGCGCAGCCGGUGCCGAAUGUGCCUGUGCUGGACGAAAGCACGCUUGUGACGCGCACCCCGGCGCGUGGCAAGACGGGCUCGGUGAGCAUUCACCGUGUGCCUGCCGCGACGGUGCCUGGCGUGGAGGAGUACGUCGAGGCGGGCGGUGUGAGUGGUGGUGGCCGUGACAGCAUUCUGUACCCCCCGCCGCGUGAGCCGAUUGUGCCUGGCUCGAUGAACACGGUGUGCCCGCAGCCUACGCACAUGAUGCACCGCGACACACAGAGCAUCAAGUCGAAGAAGUCGACGCAGACGCAGCACACUCACCACCAUAAGAUUGCGUUUGAGGAGUUCCACUCGCAGCGUGGUGUGCGUCUUCUGCGCGGCAGCCUGGGCCCGGUGAACAAUGUGCCGAUGAUGCUCAAGUCGGGCUACCGUCAUGUGUACGUGAGCCGCAGCUUUGCGUUGGACCAUGGCUUUAUUCCGGCAGACACGACGCCUGGUACUUAUGGCUACAACGGUAUUACGAACCUCGGCAAGUGGCCUGUGCAGGUCGGCAGCAAGGCUGUGCCGUGCACGGUGAUGCUGGCGGAGGACAGCUACUUCCCGGUGAUCCUGGGUCGCUCGUUCAUGGAGAAGCGUGGCGUGCGUACCGACCCGAUUGACAUGACCUCGGUGAUCUUUAUGGACAAUGGCGAGCGUGCCGACGUCGAGGUGGUCGUGGUCCGUGACGAGCUCGGCCAGCCAGUGCCGAUUCCCUAA